AUGGCCGCCGUAUCAGCACCCACGCCCAAGCUGGAUCGCUACAUCGUGAUUCACGUUGCGACCACAUGCGAUGAGCACGGCGUCUACGUGACCAAGGACUCCGCCGAGGUCAUUGAAUUGGGCUGGAUCUUGUUGGAUUCCAAGACCUGUGAGGAACUCCACCGAGAGAGCGUCCUUGUCAAGCCGGUCAACACUCCGAUCACACCCUUGUGCAGUAAGCAAGCCUAUACCACUUGGAUCGUUCUGCUUGUCAAAGCUCCGACCACCCGCAGUUUCGAGCCGAAAACCCUUGCCAGUCUGACUACUCUGACAUGGGAGCAUGUCCGCUCCGCGGGCACCUUCAGGGAUGCCAUCUCCCGGUUCGAUGCGUUUGCUCAGGAGCAUCUGACCAGCAAACAACUCGAGUUCGCGUUUGUGACCUUGGAUUCCUGGGAUCUUCGCGUGCAGUUGCCUCGCGAGGCCCGCGACAAGGCUGUUGUCUUGCCUGCUUACCUUCAGCAUUCCCGGACCUUCGACCUGCGCACAGAGUAUCAGCGCUGGCAAACUCAUCACCCGGAGUCUCUGCCUUUCGGCCCAAGCUCCCUCUCCAAUAUCUGCGCUGCUCUUGAAGUUGAGCCCGUCCAGUCAUCUGCACCCAUCAAGCACAACCUGCCAUUCCACUUGCAGGCUUUGGCCCCUGCUUCGCCACGCCGUGCGAUGGAAGAGUCCAUCACCUUGGCUCGUGUGCUGCGCGGCCUCAUUCGCAAGUCCCAGCCUCCCCACGAGCACCCCGAGAUCUUGACUCGCCCGAUGGAUGCGCAUGCUGAUGUGCGGGCUUUCCUUGCCGAGCGCAGCAAGGUUCUGCACCUGAGUGGCUUGCCCCAUGACACCACACAGUCCGAGUUGGAAAGCUGGUUUACUCAGUUUGGUGGUCGCCCAAUCGCAUUCUGGACUCUACGGACGCCGGACCAGCACAAGCCCACGGGCACUGGCUUUGCCGUGUUCUCAUCCCAUGAGGAGGCUGCCGAAAGCCUGUGCAUGAACGGCCGUGCCCUCAACGAAAAGGCCAUUGAGGUCUCUCCUUCCUCGAGCAGGGUGCUCGAUCGCGCCGCCGAGAUCUUGACUCCGUUCCCUCCUUCCAAGAACCGCCCCCGCCCCGGCGAUUGGACUUGCCCUUCUUGUGGCUUCUCUAACUUCCAACGCCGUACUGCUUGCUUCCGCUGCUCGUUCCCCGCCAUGGCCGCUGCCCCCGAUCCGAUGGGCUACGGUUACGGCUACGGACCCCCAAACAUGAUGCCUCCACACAUGAGCCACGGCCACGGCAUGGGCGGCCACGGACGUGGUAUGGGUGGAAACGGUGGUGUGGUUCCUUUCCGCGCUGGCGACUGGAAGUGCGGCUCCGAGGGCUGCGGCUAUCACAAUUUCGCGAAGAACAUCAACUGUCUUCGCUGUGGUGCGCCGCGAUCGGGCGCUGCAGUCGUUGCUGAUUCGGCAUUCCCUUCUCCCAUGGAUCCUCCUUCACAAUUCGGUAUGGGUCCUAACUCAAUGGCGAGCACUCCGGCUCCCGGCCCCUUCGCAUCGACCGCCGGUGGAUUUGCUGGAUUUGGCCAACAAUUUGGCGGCCCGCACAACAACUACAUCCCAUCUGGCGGACUGAGCAACACCCCGGGAGCCUACCCGCCCAUGCCACAGGUAAACUCAGGCUAUGGAUCCUCCGGCUCCCACUCCGCCGCCUCCUUUGCCAAUCCCGCAACUCAGGCUGCGUUCAGCGGUGCUGAUCAUGGUGUCCCGCCCACCAGCACCUCCAAUGGUGCUUUCUAUGGGGGCCCCGACGGAUCCAGUGAUCCCUUUGCCUUCUUGUCCUCUGGACUUGGCGGAUUGACUGUCUCGGACGAUGCGCACUCGCGCCGCAACGGCAGCAGCGCCAACAAAUCCCCGGCCUAA